UUCAGAAUAGGUAAUAGUGUUGAUGUUCUACUUGGUUAGACACUGAUGUUGACUGUAUUUAUAUUUGUAUGUGUUUGCUACCGUGCGUAUAUUCUGCUAACAUCUGGAUUAAACAACGCAAUAAUAUUUGCGGAGUAUACUCCGAUGGUGACCAUCUUCAGAUGUAACAAACUGACCAUAUCGAAUACCUCAGAGAUAUCUAAUGGUCAGAGAUGAAACUCCUCAAACAGACCAUGAACCUCGGCUAUCCAGAUGAAUGCGAUCAAAUCCAGGCCAUAAUAUGCGAUUCUCCAACAGGACUCCUUGAAGAAACUAUAACUUACCUACCUUCAUAACUCACAUCUUACAAUCUCUUACAAUUGACAACAGUCAUGUCUGUUCUCGCUCCAUCCAGACCCCUUGAUGAAUUCGAGCAGCUCGUCUACGAAUACACGCUGCGCAUGGGCUUUGGGGAAGACAGCGAUGAAAACAACAAGUACUGGGACAUCGACGGCAAAUCCUGCAACCUCCGUUUCGAAUCCGCAACCAAAGGCCCUCCCCCACAAGUCUCCUACCUCCUGACCAUCCCCCAGAACCUCUGCAACUACAUGGGGAAUCUCCACGGAGGCUGCACAGCCACUCUCAUCGACAUCCUUUCCACUACAAUCCUCUUGGGAAUGUCGCGCCAGGGUGUAUUCGCCUUGGGAGGGGUAAGUCGUCAUUUGAAAACGACGUAUCUGCGGCCGGUUCCGCAGGGGACGGAGGUUCGGUUGACUUGCACGUUGGUGCAGAUGGGUAAACGGUUAGCCUUUUUAAGGGCGGAGAUCUCGAGGGUCGAUAACGGGGAUAUUUGUGUGUUGGGGGAGCAUGAGAAGGCUAAUACGGAUCCCGCGGAGAAGUUGUAAGGGUGUGGAUGCCUCUUAGCUGUACAUAAGCAAUUCGGGCCUAUUCUGGGCUUGUGUAUACCCAUCGACUACACGAAAAGAAAGGGAGAAUUCUGUCUGACAGCGGCGAUACUAUCAACACGAUAUCAAAG